AUGGCAUCGGUGAGAGGAUCUUUCCUGGAUGUUUACAUUGCCGGUGAGUGGGUCAAGGUUUGUGCUACAUUGGAUGAAACAGCAUUAACGCUAAGCGCACCAACAGAUGCUGAUCAUGGACAGGGUGCUGAUAUACGUACGGUUCGAAUAGUAAAGCAUGAUGGCAGUGGCCUGGGUAUUAGCAUCAAAGGUGGUCGUGAUAAUGAUAUGCCCGUUAUCAUCAGCAAAAUUUUCAAAGGUAUGGCAGCAGAUGAGACAGGACAAUUGUUUGUUGGUGACACUAUCGUUGCAGUGAAUGGUGAAUCGUUAGAGGAUGCUACACAUGAUGAAGCCGUUAGAGCACUUAAGAAAGCUGGACGUAUUGUCGACUUACACGUCCGUUUCAUGCGGGACAUGUGUGCUCAACGUGAAAACUGGAUGGAACGUAUUCAGUGGGAUGAUGAUUCGCACGAUCGAAUUCGCAGCAUUGGUUUGAAAUUGGCCUUUGUGACACGUACAACUCUCCAAAUUGAAGAUAUCGAGAACAGAAUGUUUGAAAUAAGAUCUCCUUCGGGACGAUAUACGCUCUUGUUUAGAUGCAGUAAUUCAUUAGAAGCAGAUGCCUGGUUCGAAACUAUACACAUUUGUUCAUGCGCACUGUUAACGCAAGCAUUGGCACAAGUGAAUUUGAUGCUUGGAAAUAAUCCGCAAGUGCGCAAAAUGGGUUGGCUCACUGAGCAGGGAAUCAAUGUAAAUGGAGUAACUGUAUGGCGACCGAUGUUUGCAGCACUAACUUUAAAUGAUUUACUGUUUUACGACUUCGUCCCAAUGUUGAAGUCGGAAUGGGCUUCUCCAAAAGUCACCAGACCGCUCAUCGCUACUCGCGUGGUGCAGACAACAUCACGAACUGCUCCUGUCAUAACUGGCUUAUCAGAUGUGAUAUCAUUUACAACGAGGACAGGUACACAGCAAGGUGUUCGUUCACAUGUGUUACGCGUAGAAACACAUCGAGAUUUAGCUUCAUGGAUAAAAAGUAUUGUUACAUGUACCUACGAGGCGUGCACGAAAACUGGUCAAGUUUCAUGCCCUUGUGUUUGGCAAGAUGAACAGUGCGAGUUAAUAUUGCAACUGGACGAGGGCUUAAGUCUUAUUAGUCAUGACGGCCAAAUUCGAUGGCAAUACCCAUUUGAGACUAUCCGGGCCACCGGUGACGAUGGGAACAGGUUUUUGUGGAUUGAUUUUGGUCCACCUUCUGGCGAACAGGAAAUCGACCUGCUUUCAUCACCAAAACCAGUCGUUUUCAUUCUUCACUCAUUCCUUGCUACGAAAGUUUAUCGACUCGGAUUAUAUGCAUAA